GUUGCCAGGUAACACAACCUGCCGGGAAAAUGCUGUGGGACUUGUAAAGCUGCCACCACUGGGGAGCUUGCGGUCGCACACAGAGGGUGUCACUGGCCAAGGGAUCGGCCUCCAGUUCCUGCCCCAGUUCCUGAGGAUGAGCUGUGGGUACAUCCUGUGCACCGUCCUGCUCUCGGUGGCCGUCCUCCUGGCGGUGACGGUCACGGGGGCCAUCCUCUUCAUGAACCACUACCACACGCCUGUCACCGAGUCACCCCCCGUCAUCAGCACCAACCCCGAGGAAGCCAACGCGCUGGUCACCAUCGAGAAAGCCGACAGCUCCCGCAUCAACAUCUUCAUCGACCCCAACUGCCCCGACUCGGCGGGCACCUUUGGGCGCCUGGAGGGGCUGCAGACCUCCCUGCUGCGCGCCGUCACCGACCAUGACGCCGAGGCCAAGGCCACCAAGAGCCAGCAGAAGGCCCUGCUGGUCACCGUGGCAGAUGAGGUGGCCAAGCUGCUGACCCACGCCACACAGCUGCGCACCGACUGUGACAGCCUCAAGAAGGGGCACAGUGCCAUGGGCCAGGAGCUCAGUGCCCUGCAGGGAGAGCAGGGACGGCUCAUCCAGCUGCUCUCAGAGAGCCAGACCAACAUGGCUCGGCUGGUGAGCUCGGUCAGCGACGUCCUCGACUCGCUGCAGAAGGAGCGUGGUGGUGCCCGGCCACGGCUCAAGGCCGACCUGCAGCGAGCACCAGCCAGGGGAGCACGGCCCCGGGGCUGCUCCAACGGCUCCCGGCCCCGGGACUGCUUUGACAUCUAUAUGAGCGGACAGCAAGAGGACGGGAUUUACUCCAUCUUCCCCACGCACUACCCCUCCGGCUUCCAGGUCUACUGCGACAUGACGACGGACGGGGGCGGCUGGACGGUGUUUCAGCGGCGUGAGGACGGCUCCGUCAACUUUUUCCGUGGCUGGGAAGCCUACAGGGACGGCUUCGGGAAGCUGACGGGAGAGCACUGGUUAGGGCUGAAGCGGAUCCACGUGCUGACGGUGCAGGGCAGCUACGAGCUCCCGGCCGACCUGGAGGACUUC